AUGGCUUCUCCUGGUGGUAACAUGUUUCAUCUUGACCUUGACUUCAGAACAACCUUUACUGGAUUCAGUGCAGUUGCCCUGAGCGGACUGCUAGUCUCCAGACUCUUGUCCAAGCGUAGGGCCAAAACCGACGAGGGCCCGGGCUUUCUCAGGUCUUUCUUGCUCUUCUUCUACUCUUGUUUCAUCAAGCCACACAACGGUGGCAACAAAAGAACCCAGCAAGAUGCCCUCGAAAGCUUCUAUAAGACGCAAGCUGGAGCUUACGAUGCAACCAGAAAGAUCCUCCUUCAAGGCAGGGAGGACAUGCUCGCGCUCAUUGUGGCACAGUUGAAGGCUAAGACUAAAGACCACAAGAAGGGCAAAAUCUGGGUUGACAUUGGCGGUGGAACGGGAUGGAAUAUCGAAGCCAUGUCUGCCUUUGUCAAUGUCCCUGAGUUCUUCUCGAGUGUGUAUCUGGUUGAUUUCUCCCCAUCCCUUUGUGAAGUUGCCCGACGACGCUUCCGGCGCCUUGGUUGGAAGAAUGUCAAGGUGGUUUGUCAAGAUGCGAGCAAGUUUCGUCUCGAGGAUCAUAGCUGUGCGGAUCUCAUCACUAUGUCUUACAGCCUGUCCAUGAUUCCUGAUUAUCACUCGGUCAUCGAAUCACUCAUUUCGCUGGUCUCUCCAGACGGACUGAUAGGGGCCAUUGAUUUUUACGCGCAGUCCAGGGUGGACUUUUCUUUUAGGAACUACACUGGUGGAUUAGUCGGACGUCAUGUCAAUUGGUUCCUGAGAACAUUCUGGCGCGCCUGGUUCGACCUCGACCGAGUAGGCCUCGAGGGCAGUCGCCGAGACUAUCUCGAGUACAAAUUUGGUACAGUGCUCAACAUCAAUACCCGGAACUACUCUCUCGGCCGCAUUCCGUAUUACAUAUGGAUUGGGCGUCAUAGGAAACACUUCUUGCGCACGAGUCUUGCCCAUGAGGAAACUAUUGCUAUUGCCACACAGCCACCUUACAGACAGGAUAACACCUCAUCUGGCGCGGUGAAGAGACUUACACCAAAGAACCGCCCCAAAGCUUUCAAGGCGGCGAUUCAGAACAUUUCUGCAAACAUUCCACUGCCCUCGUUCUUUUACCAGAACCACCACUGGCGUAUCUACUACGAUGACCAGCUUCCAAAACAUACUCAAUUCAACAAUGAGUACAUCUAUGCCUUUACCUGGGAAGACGCGCGAGUAGAUGAGCAUUUACUUAACCUCGGAACAGAAGACGUGGUUUUAGCCAUCACCAGCGCUGGCGAUAACAUACUCUCCUACGCGACCAAGAGCCCAGCUAAAAUUCACGCCGUCGAUCUCAAUCCCGCGCAAAACCACCUCCUCGAGCUGAAGGUAGCGUCGUACACUGCCUUGCCUUAUGAGGACUUCUGGAGACUCUUCGGCGAGGGCAAACACUCUGAUUUCCGCGCACUGUUGCUCACUGAGCUAUCUCCGCACCUGUCCAGUCGAGCAUUUCAAUACUGGUUCAAUAACAUACAUGUCUUCUCUGAUACCAAUGGCCGCGGUCUGUAUGAUACCGGAGGUUCGCGCCAUGCUAUUCGCGCCAUUCGCUGGAUCUCACGCAUAUUCGGAUGCCGUCCUGCCUUCCGGGAUUUUCUCACCUCGCAAACACUGAAGGAGCAACGCGAUAUCUGGGCCAACAGGAUCCGACCAGUCAUGCUCUCAACACUCGUGUGCCGAUUCGUUGUCAGCCAAGAGAGUUUCCUUUGGACCGCUCUUGGCGUCCCCAAGAAUCAGCUCGCAAUGAUCGAGAGCGACCACGCCGAGAGCGAGGCAGUCAAUGGCCCCAACCCGACUGACAGAAAAACCCGCUCUCAUGCAAUUUGGAGAUACAUGGUCAACACUCUCGAUCCAGUCGCCGAGCAGACGCAUAUCGGUGUGGAUAAUCCCUACUAUCACGUAUGCAUGACAGGCGCCUACACCCGCAGUUGUCACCCGGAUUACCUGUCCGAAGAGGCCCACGCCAAGCUCUCCCGUCCAGGAGCUCUAGAUGCUCUGCGCAUCCACACGGGCGAGGUGGAUGAGGUGCUCAACGAGAUGGCCCCUGACUCGCUGACAGUCGUCGUUGUCAUGGACAGUAUGGACUGGUUCGACCCUGGCGCCAAAGCUGCAGCCUGUCAGAUUUCCAAAUUACGCCGCGCCCUCAAGAUGGGUGGUCGCGUCUUGCUGCGCUCAUCAGCACUAGUUCCUUGGUAUAUCAAGACGUUCGAGGCCUACGGCUUUUCUCCGAAGCAGGUUGGCGCCCGCAGCAGUGGGGUAUGCAUUGACCGCGUCAACAUGUAUGCAUCUUGUUGGAUCUGCACGAAGCUGGAGCACUUCACUGUGGAGACUGUUGGAGAGUCGAACAUCGCGGGAUUCUCUCUCGAUGUCUCUGGUUGA